UCUCCUCCCCACUCCACCCCCCACCCCCCACAUUGUUGGGUGCUUGGAGCCUCCCGUUUCCCCCUAGAGCUGCCUCGGGUUUUAAAGAGGAGACAACAUGACUGAAGAGGAGAAGAAAAACCUGAAAGUUUUCGGAAACUACAUAAGGAACAUACUGGACCCAACUUAUAUCUUGAAUUAUAUGACUGACUGGUUCUCGCAAGAAAAUAUACAAAGUAUCCAAGCUGUGAAAACAAAUAAGGGAGUCACAGCAGCCGCUACACUUUUUCUCGAGUGCUUAUUAAAAUUUGAAGAGACUGGUUGGUUCAGGGGCUUCCUGGAUGCCCUUCAUGGAGCAGGUUAUACUGGUCUUUUGGAAGCUAUUCAAAAUUGGAAUUUCCAGAAGAUUGAGAAGUUGGAGAAGCCCAAAGAGCUCUUGAAAUAUUUACAUAAAGAAUUUAGAGAUGGCAUUCAUGCAGACAUCAUCCUUCCUAGAAUUUCUAAGUGCCUACUAAAUCAGCAGUGUGAAGAGAUCAGACAGGCUCAAAACAAUGCUGGGAACAUUGCUGGUGCAGAUAAAUUGGCUGAACAUCUUCUUCGAUCAGACAAAGAAAACUGGCCCAGAGUACUGAAGUUGGCUUUAGAAGCUGAAGAAUAUGAAUUUAGUAAGCUGUGGACCGUGGAGGAAGAUAUAAAUGGAACAGAAGAUGUUGAGAUUGAUGACUCUCAGGAUGAAGAUGGUGGUAUGUCUUCCAUACAGAUAUGCUACAAAGAAGAAUCAGAAGAGCAAAAUCUCAGUGAGAACUCGUGUCCACUUUCUGAAACUCCUGAGAAGUCACAGUAUAUCCCACUGAAGCCAAGGAGUUACCAACUGGAGCUCGCCAGCCCAGCUUUAGAAGGAAAAAAUACAAUAAUAUGUGCACCCACUGGAAGUGGGAAAACCUUUGUUGCACUUCUCGUAUGUGAAAGUCAUCUAACAAAUAACCCAAUGGGACAGAAAAGAAAGGUUGUCUUCUUGGCUACUAAAGUCCCAGUGUACGAACAGCAGAAAUCUGUGUUCACAAAGCACUUUGAAAGGCUGGGGUACAAAGUCACAGGCAUUUGUGGAGAAACUGUUGAAGAUGUCCCUGUGGAACAUGUUGUUGACAGCAAUGAUAUUAUUGUGCUGACCCCACAGAUCCUUGUGAACAGCCUCAGGAGUGGGACCAUUCGAUCCCUCUCUGUUUUUACUCUGAUGAUUUUUGAUGAAUGCCACAACACCAACAAAAACCAUCCUUAUAAUGUGCUCAUGAUCAAUUACCUGGAUCAGAAACUUAGAAGAUCAGCAGGCCCACUGCCUCAAGUCAUUGGAUUGACUGCUUCUGUAGGAGUUGGUGAUGCCAAAGAUAAGUCUGACACAAUAGAACAUAUCUGUCAGCUCUGUGCCUGUCUUGAUGCAUCAGUCAUAUCAACAGUGAAGAAGAACGUGAGUGACUUGGAGCAAGUUGUUUAUAAACCAGAGAAAUUUUUCAGAAAAGUUCCACCACAGCCUGUCAACAAAUUUAAAUUUGUGAUUUCUAAGUUGAUGGAAAAGACAGAGAAUCUGAUAGAAAAGACUUUUAAAGAAUAUGGUCUAUUCCAAGGAAAUAAACUAGAGAAUUUAUCUAAAAUUCAGAAUAGAGUCUUUGGAACCCAGAAAUAUGAACAGUGGGCCAUUGAUGUCCACAAAAAGUGCAUGCUAUUGCAAAUGGAGGACAAAAAGAAAGAAAGAAAGAUUUGUAAAGAGCUUUUUCUGUAUACUUCACAUUUACGGAAAUACAACGAUGCCCUUAUCAUCAGUGAAGAUGCUCGGAUCCAAGAAGCUCUGAGAUACUUGAAAGAAUUCUUUAGAGCAGCAGAAUCAAUUGAUGAGACUGAAAAAUACCUCAUUCAUCAGUUUGAAGAAAAGCUUCAGGAACUGGAAGCUAUUUCCGCAGAUCCAGCCAAUGAGAAUCUCAAGUUGGGUGACCUCACCUUUGUCUUGGACGAACAAUAUCACCAGAACCCAGAAACCCAGACUAUUCUCUUUGUAAAGACAAGAGCUCUGGCAGAUGCCUUGAAGAAAUGGAUGGAAGAAAAUCCCAAACUUAGCUAUCUAAAACCUGUUGUAUUGACUGGACGCGGCAAAAGAAAUCAGAAUACAGGUAUGACUCUCCCAUCACAGAUGGGUGUAUUGGAUACAUUCAGAACCAAAGGAGAGAACAAGAUUCUGAUCGCCACUUCAGUUGCUGAUGAAGGCAUUGACAUCGCACAAUGCAAUCUGGUCAUUUUGUAUGAAUAUGUUGGCAACGUCAUCAAGAUGAUUCAAACCAGAGGUCGUGGAAGAGCAAAAGGGAGCAAAUGCUUUCUUCUGUCUAGUAAGGAAGAAGUCAUUGAAAAAGAACAGGCCAAUCUAUAUAAAGAAAAAAUGAUGAAUGAUGCCAUAGAAGAAAUACAGACAUGGAAUAAAGAUAUAUUUAUUAGAAAGAUCUGCCAUUUACAACUUCAAGAAAAAGCCAUCAGAGAUAAUGUAAUAGUCCCUAAACCACAGCUGGAAGAGAAAAACAAAAGACUGCUUUGUAGGAAGUGCAAAAUCUUUGCAUGUCAUAUAGCUGACAUUAGAGUGGUGGAGGACACUCAUCACACCGUGAUAGGGGAUGCAUUUAAGAAAGCAUUCGUGACUGAGCCACACCCCAAACCAAAGAGCUUUGGGUUCUUGGAGAAGAAAGGAAAAAUAUUCUGUGCAGAAUCUAGCUGCCAUCAUGACUGGGGUAUAUUUGCAAGAUAUAAGACAUUUGAUGUUCCUUUCAUAAAAAUUGAUAGUUUUGUUGUGGAGGAUGUUGCGACUGGGGCUCAGACUCUGUACUCCAAAUGGAAGCAUUUUAAUUUUAUGAGGAUCCCAUUUGAGGCUAGAGAAAUGUCAAACUGAGGACAGGUUUUCCCUCUCCCCAGCUAAUGUAAAUGCUAUUGUAGAUUCCACUCAGAGAACAGUUCAUCAAAGGCCCAUCUAGAAAGUGCCUAACAUGAUCUAAAUCUCAGUUCUUCAAAAGUUCUUUUGUACCCCUUUUGUUAAAAAAACAAAAACAAAAAAACCCUUUGGUAAGAACAAAUAUUCAUUUCUCAGUGUACCAUAAUUUGUAGUCAUGCCCCAAUAGAUGUGUUCUUCACCCCUCCAUCCCACCCCCGUUUUCCAUUUCUAGUUGGUCAUCUGAAAAAGAGCUGCCAGGCACUAAGAAGUGCAAAUAAUGAAUCCAGUGAAGUGGUUCUGUUAUUCAAAUUACCGGUGACCUUACUUCACACAAUUGUUAGUUUGAAUAGCACAAAUUCAAAUAUGUGCAACCACUUCAAGGAAUUAUUUUCAUUAAUCAGGACCUAGUUGUAAAUAUUUUAAUACCUAUGGAUCCUUUUCUUUUCUUUUCUUUUUUGAUCUUUUUGGUAUAUAUAGGCCUAAUAAUGAUAUCAAUGAAUACUCACAGGGUAUACAUUUUUUUGGGGGGGGGCGAGGCAAUGAGGGUUAAGUAACUUGCUCAGGGUCACAAAGCUAGUGUCAAGUGUCUGAGGCUAAAUUUGAACUCAGGUCCUCCUGAAUCCAGGGCCAGUACUUUAUCUACUGCGCCACCUAGCUGCCCCAUAGAGUAUACAUUUAAGUAAUUUUUUGGACAUAAUUUGAAAUCACUUUCUUAUGAUGGCUGUAAAUACAUAUUGAUUUAUAGUCUGUGCUUGGGUUUUUCAUCUUAGCCUCUCUCCUCUGAAAACUGAAUCCAAUAAAUAGUUGUGAUUAAAUGGUGGUGUAAGGUUUGUGAAAUACUUUAUACAUGUGAUUUGAUUUGGUCCCCAGAGAUGAAAGUGACUCACCUGAAGUUGAACAGCCAAGCAAACAUUCCAGGCCAGGAUUUGAACUCUGGUUAUUCUUCACUCUAAGGCCAGUGUUCAUUCCACUGCAGCAUGAUGCUUUUCACAUAGGAUCAUCUAUUCAGAGCUGGAAGGAACCUUAAAGGAUAUCAGGUCCAACCUCCUCAUUUUACAGAUGGGGAAACUGAGGCAUAAAAUAGCUAAUUUCUCUAUAUAUGGUCACACAGGUAGUAAGUGUUGAAUGACAGAUUUGAACCCAUCUGGCUGAAUUCUACUGUCCUAUCCCUUACAUGAUGCUGCCUCUUAAAUACAUGGCUCAUGUUUUCACUGACUGCUAAUGAAAAUUAAAAGAACCCUUUUGAGAUCAGCAAUAUUAUGGUAAACAGUUGUUACUUGUUUAAAUGAGAAUUUGAAAAUACUCAAGAACUCUUGUUUGUAAGUGGCAUUCCCAUCUUUCUAAAGUCUAAACCAACAAUCCCUGAGACAUUUUCAUAGGGUCUGCUAGGUCAAAACUAUUUUCACAAUAACACUGGCAUUAUUUUCCAGCCACUAGUUUAUAAAGUAUACUUGAACUGCUUCUAAAUAAUUAUCUUCUUAGAAAUGCAAAUUAAAACAACUCUGAGGUACCACCUCACACCUAUCAGAUUAGUUAAAUGUUGGAGCAUAUGUGGGAAAACUGGAACAUUAAUGCAUUGUUGGUGGAGUUGUAA